UUUUUCUUCCUGGAUAUCGACCACCAACACUUUAGAGUACCGAUCUUUACGAAUGAUCCAGAAAAAGACCUUUGCACUGUACACAUGUCCUUAUGUAUUGACGGUCCGAUAAAAAAUUGAGCUUAUUUUUAAAUCUUCCAGCUGUGAAGAGACAGUUCAGAUUGCAGUAAACGAAACAAUGGAAGAAUCAAACGAGUCAAAGACGAAAACAAUGAAGGAGUUGUAUGAAAAUACUAGUGACAACAAUGCCAGUGAUGGCCCGCAGAUGAAUACCACCAAGAAGAGCUGCUUUUCCAUUUGGGUUUUCCUCAACAAACUUUCGGUCUUCUUUUUCUCAGUAUUUCUGUUCUUGUCUAUUCUUGUAACAAAUGGAGUCGCCAUUACAACAUUCUAUAGAAUGCUCGGGCAGUUAAAUCCCACCACGAAUUUCUCAUCUCUUAAUUAUCUUAGUGGAGGAGAUGUGUUUUACAACAAUUCUGUUAGCAUGAAAGGAAACACUGAGAUACACAUAUCCUGGUUUUGGGCUAUUAUGAUUGUUCUCCUAGCCCCCCACGUCUACACAAUCCUCUCAUGUAUUUGGAUCAAAUGUCAUUCUCCACGUAAAAUUUGCUGUGAUUGUAUUCCCACAAAUGACGAAGAAAUAGAAAUAAAUAACGAUACAGCCGAUGAAAACAAAACCGUAACAAACAGUACCACUAACAACAGAUGUCCUAAUGAUAUGAACAAACCCUCUAGCAGUGGAGGGUCUAAUUAUACUGCCAUGAGUGGUAUCACUAAUGGUAGCACCAUGAAGGAGGAUGGCAGUGAAAGUGGCAAUAAAAACAAUGAUAGCAGCAGCAACGACAAGAACAACAACAGUAACGACGACAACAACAGAAUCAACGAAAACAGCAACCAGAACAAGGAUAAAAGGAAAACAAAUUUCAAACGCUUUGUAUUGGGGGUUUUGUAUAGCUGUCGAUCAAUGAUUUGGACUUUAGUCACUUAUUGGUUAUUACCAUUAGUCGAUGGAGUGACUGCGAUGGUGGUCGUUGGACUAUUCUCUACCAUAUAUUCACAGCCAUGGAUGCUUAAACUAUGUUGUAAGCAGUCAAGGAAACCAACCAGCAUUCUUUUUGUACUUGGUGUUUUGCUGAUCAUCAUUGUUUUAUGCAUAGAAUUUUCAAAUCAUUCAAGAAAUAGUGAUCUUGAGAUAAGAUCAAUCACCAUCUCAAUAGUCAGCGCUAUAUUCGCAUUUAUAAGUGAAAUAAUUCGUUUUUACCUUAUAAAACGCCCACGCUCUCAACCAACAGAGAAGAAUCAAGAUCAGCCCAAUCAUCGGCCUCCAGAUCACGUGUCAAGUGACAGAACAAAAUUACCCCCAAUUAAGAAAAAACAACACACAAAACAGGUAGAUGGUGGCCCACCAUUUUACAACCCCGUCACACCCUCUUCGGAAGCGGAAAAUAAUUCUAAACUGACUGGAGGCCCAGGAAACAAUACUAAAUCAGGAAAUUCACAAGACAAAAAGAUACUUCUUCGUAUCUUUCGUUGUUGUUGUUUCGUUCAAAACAUAUGCAUAUUAAGGAAGAAAGAAACAUUUUACAUUGUGUUAUCGUGUGUCCAGUCUGUUAUAAUUGUUUUAUUCUCACUGGUUGCAAUUUCAGGACCUUGUGGGGAUAUAAUUAGCUAUUUCUCAAUGGGAUCAUCUCUGAAAUGUCGUUUUAUGGAAUACGACGUCUCAUUCAUUGCUGGAGGAAAUGGAGAGGCGUAUUUUUCCUCAUUUUUAUGCAUACUUUCUUCAUUUGUUUGUCUUAAGAUGUGUUAUUAUGCAUGCGUUACAAACGUACAAGCUACUUGCUGUUAUUUACCUCUCCUUGUGAGCACUUUACUGACGCCAGUAUUCAUGGCUCUCUCCUCACGGUACCGCUGGUCUGUUCUUGGUUACUUGAUCAUGCCGAAUGACUUCACACAUGGGUUUGAGAUAAAUUUAAGGUCAGGUGCACUUAUCUCUGCUGCAGUGGUUUGGAUGAUUGUAGUUGUUCGUGUUUGUGUUAACAGAAUAUUCAAGGGAAAUCCUGCAGAACAAAUGGAGCACCAAGAACGCCUCUUCAUGUACCCCUAUUUCCAUACUGCGGGACUGGCAAUGUCAAUAUUUUGGAGCAGAAUCUCUAAACUGGAUGAUCUGAUAGAGGAUGAUAUUGGCAGAGGAAAUGAAAGCAGUAAAACGGACAACAAACAUAGACACGUUUACGUCUGUUCUACUAUGAUGCGAGAAAAAUCAAAAGAAAUGGAAACAUUAGUAGCAUCUAUUUUGCGAUUGUUUGACCAAACGGAUCACACGGCGACAAAUACCAUAAAACAUACCUACGAAGCUCAUAUCAUUUUUGAUGAUGCCUUCCUUGAUGACCAACCGAACGAAUAUGUCAAACGAUUGGAAACAAUAACUGAAAGGGAAAUGAGAAGAAAAUACAGUGACAAGAUGAAUUGCAGGAAAAUAGAAUACCCAACACCUUAUGGCCGAAAAUACGUGUACGGAGACAAGGAUAAAGCAAUAUUAACGGUGCAUUUGAAAGAUAAGAAGAAAAUUCGUGUUAAGAAACGUUGGAGUCAGGUGAUGUACAUGUACUACUUCCUGAAAUACAAUCCACUUGAAGACCCCAGACAGGGAGCACUGGAAAACCAAUUCAUUCUUACUUUGGAUGGAGAUGUAAAAUUCAAGCCAAAAGCUGUAAAACGUCUAGUCGAAUUGAUGGACAAUGACAAACAUGUUGGUGCUGCAUGUGGACGAAUCAUACCAGAAGGAAAAGGGCCCAUGAUUUGGUAUCAGAAGUUUGAGUACGCAGCCAGUCAUUGGCUUCAGAAGUCGACUGAACAUGUGUUUGGAUGUUGUCUGUGUUCCCCAGGAUGUUUCAGUCUCUUCCGUUGCAGUGCUCUAGAUGAAGUGUUACAGACAUACACUCAAAAACCAGAAAAGGCACUGCAUCACAUCCAAUAUGAUCUAGGAGAGGAUAGAUGGCUCUGUACCUUGUUAUUGAAAAAAGGUUUCAAAGUGGAGUACAUGUCGGCAGCUGCUGCAAAAACAUUCGCUCCAGAAACGUUCGUAGAGUUUUGCAAACAGCGAAGACGAUGGACACCAUCGACGCUUGCAAACAUUCUUGAUGUCAUCUGGAAAAACAAUACAGAGAUAUGCAAAAUAAAUCCUCACAUCAACAAAAUGUACUUAAUCUACCAGACGUAUCUGUUUGUCUCUUCCAUCGUCACGCCGGGAACUAUCUUCCUUGUAAUUUUGGGAGCUCUGAUUAAAGCUUUUCCAGACCUGCCUCUUUGGGUUGCCCUGCUACUAAACAUCGCACCAGUGGCAGUGUUGAUGAUCAUUUGUGUUACGACGGAUAAAGACGAGUUACCAAUUUACGUUUGCGGUGUUCUAUCCACUGUGUACAGUCUGCUGAUGAUCGUAUUGUUAAUCGGGCUGGCGAUAGAGGCCAAACAGAGCGAAUUCUGUUCCAUCUCGACAUUCUUCUUCGGAUUCGUCCUUGGAAUAUUUAUCCUUGCUGCGCUUCUUCAUCCCAGGGAAUUCAAAUACUUAUUUUAUGGUACUAUGUACUUCUUUGCUGUGCCCGCAGUAAGUAUGAUACUGUUGAUUUAUAUCCUGGGGAGCUUGCACAUCCUUAGAUGGGGUACACGAGAAAGACGACCAGAUUUCAUCGGUGAUGACAGUUCCCCGUCCAUACUUAGAAGAUGUUGUGGAACGAAGAAAGAGGAAAGAGGUGCAGACGACUUUGUGCUACUAUGUGAUGAACCUAAUCAGUCAGUGGGAGGAAAAGUAGUGAUGAGAUGUAACAGACAUGUAGCAUCAGAAUCUCAUGUAGUAUGGAAAAGGGAAGGAAGGGAGAUUAACAAAAUGGACGGUCGAUUUCAAAUGGAUAGCUAUGGAUUUCCAAAACUUGUCAUUAACAAUGCAAAGCCAUCGGACUCUGGCAUAUACACAUGUGAAGUAACUCAACUUUCGGGUGGUCAGAUUGAAUUUGGAUCACCAACAGUGACUAUCGAUGGUCAACAAAUUGUAAAAUUAAAAGUCGCCAAUGGAUGUGAUACUAUAGCUGAAGGAGAUAACGUUGAAAUAUUAUGUGAAAUUGAAUGCCUAGAGAAGAAUGAUACUAUAGUAUGGAAAAAAGACAACUCGGAAAUAGGGAAACCAACAAAAUACGACGAAAAGCGUGAUCAUCUUCGUCACGUCAUUGAGGAAGCGAACAAAAGGGAACAUGCUGGGACAUACUCUUGUGAAGUGUUGUACCACGCAAGAAAAGAUGAGAUUGAAAUGGAAAAGACGACGAUUUCAAUAGACGAAGCACAAGGAUAUACAUUCAAGUGUGGUAUAUCGAAGCCAAUGAUAACCUGGAUAGACUGGAAGAUCAAUGGAAAAAGUAUCAAAAAAGUAGACAAGAAGGAAAUCAAAUGCCACGUGAUCAACAAUAGAGAACUUGUAAUAAAGAAGAAAUCAAUAUCCAAAGUCAGUAGGAUAUCUUAUACUGCUGCCACAGAAAGGUUUGAUGUCACAGAGACAUUCGAAAUAGAUUCCAAAGAGGUUGUAAUUGUCAACAAGGAUUACAAAUGCACUAUAAAGAGCAAGAGACGAUUGUUUCCGGAUUCAGAAGUCAUGUGGAAAAAAAUGGACGGGACAACUGAAAAUGACUUUUUUGGAAACCCUAAUGUCGAGAUGAUUCGAGAUGAUAAAAAUAUUCCAUCUGUUCUUGUUAUCCAACACCCCGACGACGGGAAAAGUGCUUUCAGAUGUAUCAUAAAACAUUUCACAAAAUGGGAUAGUAUCACGCUAGACAUUGUUAAACCAUCAAUUAGACUGGAGAGUCCGGAAAUAAUUGAUCCAAAUGCAAAAAAGGUGAAAAUCAAACUAAUCUGCAAGACAUCUAUAAAUUUGGAAUCUCUGGAUUGGAAGAAAGACGAUAUGAAAAUAACACAUAAUUAUAAGUACAAAAUUAAAAAAAAUAACACCUUGGUAAUCAAAGACGCAGAAAAGGGGGACGCCGGAACUUACACAUGCAGAGUAAAAACCAAACAGAAAACGGUGCUGGAGGCAUCUACAUCAAUAGGAUAUCGCUUGGAGGAAAACGAAGAAAAGUUUUGGGAAUGGCUGAUUGAAGAUCAUCUUUCUCCAGAGGUUGAUACUUUCAACAAACGGAAAGAGGUGGAUGGCAUCAUGAGAUCCUUAAGAAACACGGUGUAUUUCCUCUUUUUCAUCGUUAACGCUCUUUUCGUCACGUCAAUUUUCAUGAUGACACAGGUCAAUGAAUUCAAAGGAAAUAUACAGAUUUCUAUUCCAUGUCCCAAUAAAGAUGGAACCUUCGAAGUAGAGCCGAUUUCCAUGAUUUUUAUAUUCACGUUUGGAUUGACAUUGUUGUUUCAAUUUGCCGGUAUGAUUAUUCACCGGUUUUAUACAUUUCUUCAUGUUGGCUACGAUACUAAAGUUUUUAAUUGUGAUGGUGUAGAGCGGCUAUUUGUCUGCUAUGACAAGGAUGACAUGGUCUAAUAUUUACAGCUAAUUUAACCAAUGAACAAGUUCAAGAAAGACAAAACAGCUGUGUAAAUGAAGUGCAAGAAUCACGGAAAAAUAAACCCAUAUGUAGAAAUCUUCUUCUAGCAUUAGUCUUAAAACAAACUUCUAAGACCAUGUACAUGUACUUACCAUUUACAUCCAAUAUGUCCAUACUGUGUACUGGAAACAUACCUGCAUUUGCAUAAUAAAGAAAUUGCGCAUAAUUUCCCAAUAUAAACUUUUUCAUCUCCUCUAUGUCUGAAUCUGUCAUUACAGAUAGAAUAUGGACUUUAAAACCAACAAGACAUAUGUGUGAUACGCCUUGAAUCGGGACUGGUAAAGUACAAACUCAACUGUGACCCGGCAUCAAUCAAGUGUGGCCCUGGACUAGUAAGGUCAAAUACCAGCCUUUAUCAGGUCCAAACCUUUGACCUUUUAGUUCACUAAAUAUGAAGUCUCCAUCUCACGUAUCUCAAAUCCUAUGACCAAACGCCCCACAAGCUGGUCAUCGCUCGGCAUUUCCCGUCAGGUUAUUCUCCACUUGACUGAAAAAGCCAAGCGAUGCAAUUGCAAAACCCGUCACAUGCGGCGCCCAUUUCCAAAUACAUGUAUGUGCAAAUUUUACACAUGGAAGAUUAAAGGUGAUGGACAUUUUACUCCUAUUGUGUAACAGAGAUGGGGUAAUCGUAAUCAGUAAUCGUAAUUGAUUACAAUCGAUUACAUUUUUUAAGUAAUCGUAAUCGUAAUUGAUUACAUUUGUUUUUAAAGCAAAGUAAUCGUAAUCAAUUACUUUGGCAAAGUAAUCGUAAUUUAUGAUUACAAUAAUGAUUACAAUGAUUACUUUAUAUUUAUAUUAAAAUAAUUAUUUAAUAGAUAACAGUUAGAGCUUAUGUAUGUUAUGUGUGCCAUCAUAAGAUUUAUCCAUAUCUAUAUGAUAUUAUACUUACAGUAUUUGCAUGUAUUCAAUAGCAACUAAGGUCUAAAUCUGUUUAAAUUAAACUUAAUAAUCUGAACUAGUAUACCCUGUAUCAUUUACUGUACAUCUCAUUGAUCUAUUGUUACUUGUUUACCAGUUAUCAUGUUACCAAUACUUAUGAAAGACUGUACAUAAAUAUAUAAAGUGUAUUAUACAAUGUAUCUUAUUAAUAAAACCAGUAAAUAU